AUGGCCGUUGAACCGAAUGGCAACCAGGUUCGAGCCAAUGGCAACGGGGAUUCUUUGGAGAAGGAUUUCUCAAACCAACAUCACCUGAACGACACUAACAUGAGCGGCGAUGAUGCGUUGAGGAGAAUCCGGACCGCGGGCAGCAUCUCCAUCUCGCCUGAGCUUUUCGAGAAGCUCUAUCUCUCUCCUCAAAAUGCGGUUAAGGGUGAUCUACGAAAGACCUUUGGUAACCCUACACCUAUCGCUCUCCUGGGCUUCCUACUCGCCCUAUCUCCGCUCUCUUGUGACUUGAUGGGCUGGCGAGGGUCUGGCGGCAGUGGUGCUGCUGCAAUCGGUGCCUAUUUUUUCUUCGGUGGUCUGCUUAUGCUGGUUGGUGGUUUCCUCGAAUUCAUACUUGGCAACACUUUCCCAUCCGUCGUCUUCAUGGCCUUUGGUGCUUUCUGGCUUACAUUCGGCUCGACUCUCCAACCUUUCUACUUCGCAUACGGCUCGUACUCCCCAACUACCACUCCAGCGGACGGUCUACAGACUGUCGGUUUCACUGCCUCGUUCGGAUUCUUCCUAAUCUUCAUGGCCCUUCUCAGCUUCAUCUUCCUGAUCUGCUCCCUGCGAACGAACAUAUGCUUCGUCGUCAUAUUCUUCACUCUUACUCUGGGUUUCAGUCUCCUUGCUGGGGCUUACUGGCAGUCCGCCAACGGUAUUGGCCGCAAGGAUGCUUCUGCAAUAGCACUGGCUGGACGUUUACAGAUUGCUGGCGGUGCCAGCCUCUUUGUGACCUCUAUGGCCGGUUGGUGGAUCUUCUUCGCUAUCAUGCUCGCUGCCUUGGACUUCCCAUUCCAGAUUCCCGUUGGCGACUUGAGCACACUGAUCAAGGGUGCGAGCACCAGGCAAAAGGAAAAGGAGAACAUGGUUUAA